CCGCCCCUCUGCGCAGGCGCGGCUGCGCUGAGCCGAGCCAUGGCUGGAUCGCUGAGCGGCAUGUUCAGUAACCAGCCUCCGGGGCCGCCGCCACCGCCGGGACCUCCUGGCGGGCCCGGCCCGGCAGGCCUCAUCCCGCCUCCCACGGGGCCGCGCAAUCCCAACAACACGCUGGUGGACGAGCUGGAAGCGUCCUUCGAGGCCUGCUUCGCCUCGCUGGUGAGCCAGGACUACGUGAACGGCACGGACCAGGAGGAGAUCCGCACCGGUGUUGAUCAGUGCAUUCAGAAAUUUCUGGAUGUUGCAAGACAAACUGAAUGCUUCUUCCUACAAAAAAGACUGCAGCUAUCAGUCCAGAAACCAGAGCAAGUCAUUAAAGAGGAUGUUUCAGAAUUAAGAAAUGAAUUGCAGAGGAAAGAAGCAUUAAUUCAGAAGCAUUUGGGUAAACUGCGACACUGGCAGCAGGUCCUGGAAGAUAUUAGUGUACAGCACAAAAAGCCUGCAGAAAUGCCUCAAGGUCCAUUAGCUUACCUAGAACAAGCAUCUGCCAACAUUCCUGCUCCAAUGAAGCAAACAUAAUCUUACAUAUCUAUUUUCAACAGUGCAAAGCACUGGUGGUGUUCUUACUUUGUAUGCUUUUUGUAUAAUGGAAUUUGUACUAAAAAUAUAAAAAG